AUGGUCGACGCCUGCAUGGCGAAGUGGGGCCGCGUCGACAUCCUCGACAACAAUGUCGGCAUCGGCUCGCAGGGCGGGCCGGUCGAGCUGAGCGAGGACGAAUGGCAUCGCGUGUUCGACGUCAACGUGAAGAGCUUCUUCCUCACGGCCAAGCACGUGCUGCCGAUCAUGGAGAAGCAGGGCAAGGGCGCGAUCGUGAACGUGAGUUCGAUCGCUUCGAUCCGCAGCCCCAAGGGCAUCUCGUAUCUCGCCUACAAUGCCAGCAAGGGGGCGGUGAAUUCGCUCACCAUGGCGAUCGCUUCGCAGUACGCGGAGAAGGGCAUCCGCUGCAACGCGAUCCUGCCCGGCCUGAUGCACACGCCGAUGAUCGACUUCCUGGCCGAGCAGUACGCCAAGAGCGAGAAAGACCAUAACCAGGCCUACGAGAAGAUGAUCUCGAUCCGCGACCGCGCUUCGCCGACCGGCAAGAUGGGCACGGGCUGGGACACCGCGAACGCGGCGCUGUUCCUGGCGUCGGACCAGUCGGCUUAUGUGAACGGCCACCUGCUGGUGGUCGACGGCGGGAUCACGCUGCGGGCGUGA